GUUUCCAUGAAGAUAAAGCGUGCAUUUUUCUAAAGUUAGCAACAACUCAUCUACAAGAGAUGUAAAAUUCUCACAUUGCAAUUGCAUUAUACGCAACAAAAAGUCUUCUUCCACUUUUCCACUAUGAGCACAUUAAAACAUACUUUUGUUGUAUAUUUCUACCCACUCUAUCCUAUGUUGCGGUGCACUUUUUGUCAGUCGCUUCUGUUUUUCAGUCUCAAACAGACACAAUAUGUAAUAAGUCGCAUGGUUAAUGGCAAUAAUUGCUAAAAUGCUCCGUUCUUGGUGGGGUUUAUGUUUAUUUUUAAGCGCACAACGGUACGAUGUGUGCAUGUCUGCUAUGUGAUGUGAGAAUUUUUUAUAUCUUUUGCAAAGAAAUUUGCGAUAUUAAUAUACCUGCUACUCUGAGGCAGAUGUAUUGUUCGGCAACAAUUGCCGAACUGUGUGUAUAGGAAUGCAAAAUUCGAAAUGUUCGACCAUUUGCAUGCUUGGGCCUUGAGUUUGGCUGAAUAGUCGUCGAUACCACAGUCGUUGUUGCAGCCACGAGUUUUACAGCAGCAAAAUAAUAUUUUUGGUGUGAGGGCGUUUUCAGACUGUAUUAACUUGAUUCAAACGUAAAUUGCAUUCAUAUAAGAUGAAUGUGGAAAAAUUGAAGCGGCUGCAAUCGCAAGUGCGGAUAGGAGGCAAGGGCUCAGCCCGUCGUAAGAAGAAGGUUAUGCACCAGACUGCCACUACGGAUGAUAAAAAGUUGCAAAGUUCUUUAAAAAAGUUAUCCGUUAGUACCAUACCGGGAAUUGAAGAAGUGAAUAUAAUUAAAGACGAUCUAACCGUUAUUCACUUUAAUAAUCCAAAAGCGCAAGCAUCUCUCUCUGCAAAUACUUUCUCUGUUACCGGACAUGGAGAGACAAAGAAAAUUGUAGAAAUGUUGCCGGAGAUAUUGCCACAGCUGGGUCAAGAGACGGUGGUGCAGCUGCGCAUGUUCGCUAAUUCAAUGACGGGUACAAAGAAAGCGGCGGGAACUAUGGACGGUAGUGAUGCGACUGCAAGUACAAAUAUGCUUUAUAGCGUUGUAGAGGAAGAUGAUGUACCUAUGUUGGUGAGUGACUUCGAUGAGGUGGCUAAAAUAGAGGCAAUGAAAGUGGGAGAGCAAACUACUACUACUAACGAAAAACCGGCAAUUGAAAAAACCGAAACCAAAGGAGAAUCGGCUGCAGUGUUACCACUCUUAUCGGAAGCUAAGGAUAAUGAAAAGGGAAACAAUGUGCAACCGUUGGAAAGUUUAAAUUUAAAUGUAAUAUCAAACGAAAAGUUGGAAAUACAGAACGAAAAUGAAACUAAUAUUAAAAAACAGGAAAUAAAUCCAGAAAAAGAAAACUUAAAUAGAACUGAGAAGCUAAAUAUAAAAUCAACAAAUGAUAUAGGAAGAAAUAAAGGGACACAAAAGAAUGAACACAAAUCACAACAAAAACAGGAACUUUCCAGGCAAAAAUCUAAGCUUGAAAAUAAAAGUCAAAACUCCAUUAAAGUUAAUAAGAAACCUGAUGAAAUUUCUUCGAAAACUUCAACUUUAAAAUUAGACGGCAUUAGAAAAGUUGAUGAAUCUAGUAAAGUUGAUGUUACUGAUGUCAUCGAAUCGGAAAAGCCAGUACAAAUAACUGAAAGAUCAAAAAAUGUAAAGAAUAAUGGGGAUAACCAGCAAACAAAACAAUUACAGCAAUUGUCGGCGAAACCAGAACUACCAACUACAACAAAGGUGAAGGAAAAACAAAUGGGACCAGAAUUAAACUCUCAGCAAGAACAAAUAGGUCUUGAAGAAAACGAAGACAAAAAUAUCGAAAAACAAGGUGAAAGUCAACCAACCAAGUCGAUUUUAAAUCAGGCACAAAAACUUCCCCUGCAACAACAACAACAAAAGAAUGAAUCGCCAAUAAAACAAAAAAAUAAACAGCCUCAACAAAAACAACAAAAUCAAGAAAUCCAGAGAAAAACGGAUACUGAGAAAGGAUUGAAAAAGGCGGAACUUCUGCCAAAAUCAGGUAAGCAGGACGAAAAAAAAAUAUUAAAAUCAUCCAAAGAAAGGCCCGCUGACAAGAGUGAAAAACAAUCUGAAGGCACCAAAAAAAAUGUAAAAGAGGCUUCAGGUAAUCAAAAACAGUCAGACGCUCAAAUUAAAAGCUCACAAGAAGUGAAGACAGUUUUGGCAGAUGAUGGCAAAGAAUACAAAAAAGCUGAACCUCUUCCCGAAUCAAUUAAGCAGGACGAGAAUCAGCAACAACAAUCUGAUUCUGUAGCUAAUGAUAAUGAAGAGGUAGAUAAGCAAAAACCUGAAAGUCAACAAGUUGAAGAAACCUACAAAGAUAUAUUAUCUAUAGAACCCACUAUAGAAACCGGAAAGCCAGCCGAAACGGAUAUACAACCACCAGACUUAUCCAUCAAAACUGUUGCUUUACAAUCAUUAGAAUCUAGCGAGAAAAUGAUGCAGAUAGUAAAUGAAAUUGCUAAAGAUAUUCUAAUAGAAAAUUUGAACAACCUGUCAGAGGAAACUAUUAAAAAGGAGACGCUACCUGAACUUCCAUCUGACCAACAGGAAGGGGUAGAAAAAAAGAUUGAAUCCGUGCUAACUGAGGAGCUAGAAGCUACAAACACAUCUGUUAAAAAAACACAAGAGAAAGAGUUGAAUACGAAUAAUCAAAAGUCCCAAAGUCCAUUGCCUAAAACAAGCCUGGAAUUUCUUCAAUGUCUUGAUAGUAAGGUAGAGUCAUUAAACAAAGUUUCAGAUGUAAAGGGUGUUAUUAUUGUUACAGAAAAUUUACCUAGUGCUGAAAAAGAGAUCAUUGCAGACAGUCCAUCAUUCACAGAUAAAAUUCUUCCGAAAGUAGGCGAAAACAAUGAUACAAGUAUGACAGUAGUGGAACAGAUUCCUAAUGUGCAGAUACUUGAAUCGCAAAAUGUUGCUACGCCAGAGGGCGACACUUUAGGUGAACAAUUAGUGAAACAGCCUACAUUGGCUGAAAUAGUACAAUCACUGCCACCGGCAAUACCUUUACCCACAUCGCAAAUACCUGCCAAUAAUAAUAAGAUCGAUGAUGUGAAUAAUGAAAAAUUGAUUGCUAUAGAUUCGGCAAGCAAGCAGCCAUCAAUGGCCGAAAAACUACAAUCACAACCCCCCAUAACACUACCGGCUGCAGUCUUAUUCUCAUCAAACAAUACUAUAAAUGUGGAAGUGAAGGAUAUUCAGAAGUCAGAGAUAUUGAAUAAAGCAGAUGUAAAAGAACUACAGUUAGAUUCAAGCGCUACCGUCGAAGAGGAGAAAGUGUGCCAACCUCAAGACCAAGGAUCUAUUACCCCCGAACUAUCAACAUCAUCGACUGGCAAUGUAUCAGUUCAGCAUCAAAUUGUUGAUGAAAAACCUGUGCCCAUAUCAAUAAGCCCCAAACAAAAGGCGUUACCGCCAAAACAGACCACAAAUAUUAAGAACUCGAACGAAACGUCGAAACAACAGCCAAAGACACCUACAGCAGGCGAUGCUAAAUUAAAGUUAGUAACGAAGCCGCAACCGGGACAACUUAUUCAACAACAACAAACAUCAAAAGUCAAAUCAAAGUCAACGAAUAACAACAAAUCUACACCAACGACCCCAAUAACGCCAACAAUGCCAAACACACCGACAAAGUUGUCACCCGAAAAAGGAACAACAGACAAACAGCACCCAAUAAUUCCCGCUUCAAAGGCGACUCCUGAUUCAGCAGCAAAAAAGGCAAAUUCACCGCAAAAACAACAACAAACGGAUACAUCAGCAAAAUCCAAGACAACAUUGGGAGCAAAUACUAAAUCUGCACGACCUAAUACUGGAAAUACCGGGACAACACCUGGCACUACUAAGAAGGCAAACACACCGCCAGCAGCAAGUAAAACAAAUGCAAACUCUGGUGGAAAACAGCAAAAAAUGAAUGUGAAAGGUACGGUGUCCGGUACGCAAACAGUAGCUGAACAACCCCGAGCUUUGGUAGAAACGAAAUCAGUACCAACAACGCCACCAACCUUGUCACCAACAAUUGAAAAUACUGCUACAUCGAACAAACCAUCCCUUUCGAAAUAGUAAAACUUCUUCCCCAAUAUGAUGAGAAGUUUUAGCUGAAUUUAAUUAUGUUGCAUUGUUCUUACUUUCAUUCAUGCUUUUAUGAAUUACUCUCAAUGAAUAUUUUAACUUGCUAUUGCAUUUGCAUUUUGUGAAUUUUUAUUUUAUUCUUAAACAUUAUUUCAACAUAUUAUACUAACCUGCUAUCAUAAACGACUUUACAUCACAUACAUAUAAAAUAUUCAUACUAAUAUGUUCAUGAUAAAACAGUUUUCACCACUAACACCGUUUUAAAGUUAGCGUUUCUUAAAAUAAAAACAAGAAAAUGUUUCAGUAAAUAUACGAAGCAAGAAGGAAACAUAUAGUUUUCAAAUGGAUUCCUCAUCUAUUUGAUUUUUGGACAUCGAUUUAGAUUUAUGCUUGGUUGUUUAUACUUUGCUUAGUUUUAGGUGUUGUAAAGAACCAAAAUGUAAUUCUAAAUUAAUAACUGAAAAUAAAUUGUAUUACUGAAACUAA